AUGGAUGCGAGCAUGGAGUUUGUGAAAGUGAGCAGCAGACAAAAAUCCCGGGACUGCUCACCUGAGCCAAGCAAAGCUUCAACCCUCGACAACGACGCUCUGGCCUCCUGCAAGGCGCUCGACCUGGACUGCCAGUCUGACAACAAAUCCAACAACGGAUCGAUGGAUGUUUGCGAGGCAGAAUGGUCAAGCGAUGGUUCCAACGGUUCCGACUGUUCUCUGGACAGCAGGCUUGUUGAGCUCGACUUCGACGCAACUCGAUCUAAACCUUUGGGAUCACCCUACGGCCAGUGUGAGCAUUGCAAGAAUCGAGAAGCCUCAUUCCUAUGCUUCUUUUGCGGUACCGGCGAAUUCUGCUCACCCGGGUGUUGCGAGCUGAGCAUGGAGAAGGGCAAGCACAAGUGCGUGCCGACCGAAAUCACGACAGCCCAAAACCUCGUCGACGCCGUUAACCGAGAUCUGCUGCCCAAUGAUCGCCGGACUUUAGACGACUACUACCUUACACCCCUUGUUGCCUCUGACGACCAUGGGGAUCUCAAAAUGCUCAUCGAGAUUUACCGCGACCUCGUGGCAAAGUUCUACAUCUCCAGCCCCCAGCUUCACCAGUGGAAGGAGGCGGGGCAAGUCUUCAACAACAUCGUCCGGUUGCACAACCGGUAUCCUAAACGGGCACCUGAGAUUCACGGCUCUUGGCUCAAAGAUCAUAGCCACGUCUUCCUUGAGGAGGACAAGUCGGAAGUUGUUGACUUUGAUGCCUACCUCGAGGCUAACGACAUGACCUUCGAUCAGUUCCGUGCAACUUCCAUGCGCCGCAUGUGA